AUGAUUAAGAAAGAUAACUUUACUCAAAACAUUGAAUUAAAAAAUAAAACAGUGGAAAUCAAAGAAGAAGAAGAAGAAGUGGAGGAGGAAGUGGAGGAACCAAUAGAAAUUAACUACAUUCCACCUAAAUUUACUUUUACUGAAGAAGAAUUAAAAAACCAUCCAGCUCAAAAUCCUAGACUAAUAAGGUCUUCUUAUCCUGGAGUUAGCAAUAUUCGAUUAAAUUAUGAAGGUAAAUGUGGUGAACACUUCAAAUAUCCACCACAUACCACACGAGAUAUUGUUUUUGGUGCUUUUGAAGAAUAUAGUAACAAUUCUCCUGAACAAGUAAUAUUCAGAGAAAAAAUAGCUAGAACAUUAGAAAUUACUAGGACAACAUUAUCAAAAGCUAAGUUUGUUGUAUGUUAUAAGGGAAAUCUUAGUGGAGCAAUGGAAAAAUUAUUUAAAUAUUAUAAUGUUGAACUAAUUAAAGCACCAGCAAAAUAUGAUCAUUUUCAUAUUGCUAAUGCAAGAUUCUUUUUAUUCUAUGAUUAUAUGAUGAAACAUCGUUCAGAGAUUGAUAGAGUUUUAAUGAUUGAUCUUAAAGAUAUUUAUGUUUUUGCUGAUAUUUUUGCAGCAGUAGAUCCAAAUCAAUGGGUUAUGAUGAGUGAAUGUUUUGACCAUAGAUUUUGUCUUCAUUUAGGAGAAGGUCAAUGGCAUAAUGAAAAAUUGAGAGAGUUUUAUGGAAAUCCACCAUUACGAGAGUGGAGAAAAUUAAAUGUUGUAGAAAUUAAUAGUGGAUUGCAUAUUGGAAAUAUAAAUAAAGCAAUUGAGUUCUGUGAAUAUUACAUUUCUAACUUUGAUAUAAAAUAUUGUGAUAGAUGGGCGUAUGAACAACAAAUGACUAAUGUAAUUAUAUGGACAAAACCCAAUAAAAUUAAUGCUGUUGUAAUAGACAAAUGUGAUCAGCUUAUGUGUUUCCCUGCAGGAUUACCAGCAAUCUUUUCAUUUUCAAAUUCAAACUCUAUUCGUUAUGCUAAAGAUGGAUGUUCACCAAUUGUUCUUCACAAAGGAUUACCACCACUUUGGGAAAGAUUUUAUAAUUUUGAAAAUAAAAUAAAUUAA